UCCAAUAUGGCGGCCUCCUCCCUUUGUUCCACCAAAUUAAUCUGCUGAAAACUUCGGACAAAAACGAUCCUAAAAUGGCCAGAAAUAGUACAAAUCCCAGCAGAGAUAAAAAAUUAAUUUAUGUGAGGGCUCGCUGCUGAUCAUCUCGAACAUGUCGAAAACUCUGGACGAGCGAUCACGGAAAUUUAUUGAUGCAGUCCAAUCUGACCUUAGAGCUUUGUCGAACGAGACUAGGCGAAAAUUUCAACCGGUUAAAGAGGCGGCAGAAGCUGGAAUCUUACGCCUCAGAACUAUUGGUGCUGCCAAGGUGAAGAAUUUGAAAAUCACGAAAGUGAUUGCUGAAGAAACUGAGAUAGUCCAACCUUUCUUGCUUGGCUGUGAUACCAAGAGUCUCCGAGUGGUACAAAUUUCUCUGACAGCUCUUCAGCGGCUUAUAACCAAUGAUGCUUUAUCAGAGUCGUCAUCUGUUAACCUUGUUAGCGCACUGUGGCAGUUGAUGGAAGGAGGAUUAGAAGAACUACGAAUUCUUCAGACUAUCAUUCUUCUUAUAACAACUUCAAAUAUUGUUCAUGGGGAAAACCUUGGGAAGGCCAUGGUCUUGUGCUUCAAGUUGUACUUCAUUAAAGAUGCAACAAUCUGUACAACAGCAGCAGCAACUGUGAGGCAGAUGGUGUCAGUGAUAUUUGAAAGAGUCAUUACUGAGGAUAAACAAGGCCUGGCUUCUCAGGAUGUAGAAGAAACAGCAGGAUCAGUGCGACACAAGAACUGUCCAGUCAGUCUGCACCCAUGUGGAAGGGAUGCUUAUCUUCUAUUUCAGGACUUAUGCCAACUGACAAAUGGUGAACAACCUUACUGGUUGAAUGGUAUCACUGAGAUGACAAGAACAUUUGGAUUAGAGCUGCUUGAAAGUGUGCUCAGAGGUUACCCGAAUAUAUUUCUUAAGCAUCCAGAGUUCAGCUUUCUUCUGAAGGAAAGGGUAUGCCCUCUAAUUAUCAAGUUGUUCUCUCCAAGCAUCAAACAUCGCAUAAGCUCCACUCCAUUAGAGAAGCCUCUUUAUCCAGUGGCUGUUAGACUUCUAAGAAUUGUCUCUGUCCUGAUCGAGAAAUUUUACACUCUUCUGGUAACAGAAUGCGAGAUAUUUCUUUCUCUCUUGGUGAAGUUCUUGGAGCCAGAUAAACCUCAGUGGCAAAGAGCACUGGCUCUUGAAGUUCUUCAUACCCUUACCAUCCAGCCAGCCUUGCUGAGGUCAUUUUGUCUCUUCUACGACAUGCAAGAGCAUUCUACAAGAAUCUUCCAUGAUAUGGUGAAUGCUCUGACAAGUUUUACUCAGGGAAUAUUCACCAACCUGUCAAUGCACAGCUCGUCACAGAACACAGCUCACCUGCCGAGUGCGAACACGAUCCAAACACCCUCCAGUGCCCCUCCCCCAUCAGUUGUGGCGUUGAGUGCAAUGGGCGGGGUCACCCCGCAACCUGGAUUCUCCUAUAGGGGUGCAUGGAUACCCCUGUCUGUUUUGCCCGUUUUAGGACAAGCGAAACCUGUUUACCUUGAACAGUUAGAAAAAGAAAAUUCAUCGAUCUCCGACGGCUACACACUCUCCAUUGCGUUUGCUUGUUUGCUGGAGAUCGUCAAAAGUCUUGAUGUGCUUGUACAAGAAAACAAUGGUGUGUCAAGUGCUGCCGAAGGGAUGGGUUGGAUUGAGCCUGAUGCAUCAGGAGCAGCCAUUGAAACCGGAGUGGGAACUGACACCAUCAAUGAGAAUGAUAAAGGAUCAAAGGCACCAGAUUUAUUUCAGGAGAUGGUGUCGGCCUCGUGGUGUGGUAUUUUGGCGUCACUUUCUUUACUGUUGGAAGCAAGCAAUGAUGAAACAGUCACGGAAUCCAUUCUAAAAUCCUACCAGCUUUACGCCAACGUCUGUGGUAUAUUGAAUCUUACAACUCCAAGAGAUGCUUUUAUCACAUCACUUUGCAAGGCAGCACUGCCCCCACACUACACCCUGACAGUAGUCAAUCCCCACUCUGGUACCGCACAGGUUUCUUAUGUCAAGAUGCCAAUUAGUGGGUCUCAGGCUCUCUUGGAUCCUCAAGGAGGAGAUCACCGGGCUCUGGGUAAAUCACCGACCAACUCAGGGGAGACUGGUUUUGGUGCUGUGGUCACAGGGACCCCACUUGGCUCUAGUCAUGGUCCAGUGUCGUUGACAGCGAAGAACAUCCAAUGUAUGCGAUCGUUACUGAGCCUUGCUCACUGCCAUGGUGGAAUUCUGGGUACAGCGUGGCACAUGGUUCUUACCACGCUUCAGCAUCUUACCUGGAUUUUGGGUCUCAAGCCAUCAACUGGAGGAACACUCAAAGCCAUGCCAGCGAGCGAGGCCCCUAAUCUGGUUAUAACACAAACAAUGAUGGCUGAACUUCCAGUCUUGGCUGCAAUCUUAUCAAGACUCUUUGAAACAUCUAAAUACCUGGAUGACGUAGCCCUCCAUCAUCUUGUAGACGCACUUUGUAGAUUGUCGUCUACAUCCAUGGAACAAGCUCAAAGCAAUAAGGAACCAUCUCUCUUCGCCGUUGCUAAGUUAUUAGAAACAGGCCUAAAUAACCUUCACCGCGCACGCGUUUUGUGGAAACCGCUGACCGCACAUCUGUUGGAGGUUUGCCAACAUCCUCACACUAAAAUGAGAGAAUGGGGCGCCGAGGCGGUGACGUCAUUGGUUCGCUCAGCUCUGACGCAUGACCACGAUCCACCAUUGAAACAAGACUUGCAAUUACAGUCCAUGCUUCUGGGUCCACUCCAAGAAAUGUCCACUAUAAGUUUCUCUGAUAUUCGCUAUAAACAAUUGGAAUGUGUUCUUCAGAUUCUUCACUCCACUGGUCAAAAUCUUGGUCAGGGUUGGUUAUGUGUGUUGGGAGUUAUAGGGGCAGCCACUAACCAACAAGGGGAAGGUCUUAUUCGCGUGGCAUUCCAAAGCCUGCAGCUCGUGGUGACCGAUUUCCUUCCCUUGAUGCCUUGCACGUGCAUCAAGGUGGUAGUAGAUGUGGCGGGAAAAUUUGGCCUCCAGCCUCAGGAGCUGAACAUUAGCUUGACAGCCAUUGGUCUGUUGUGGAAUAUCUCCGAUUUUCUCUCACAACACCGAGAAAAAAUUCGCACAGAGUUGCAAGACAUUGAGACGACCUUAAAUGACAGUGCUAAGUACGACAAACCCGUCCCCCCCUCAGACAGGCAGUGGAUGUGUUUGUAUUCCAAACUUGGUGAGCUGUGUGUCGACCCUAGGCCAGCCGUCAGAAAAAGCGCGGGGCAAACGCUGUUCUCCACCAUUAGUGCGCAUGGCUCGUUGCUGGAAAAUAUCACGUGGUACACAGCUCUGUGGAGGGUGUUGUUUCCUUUGCUUGAACAAGUGAAAACCAUGUCUACUUCAGCAGCUGAUGUUCCUCCUCCGAGCGAUGCAGUAAACUCAAAGAAUAAAAUCCUCAUUCACCAUUCACGUGAUACCGCUGAAAAACAGUGGGCGGAAACUCGUGUUCUGACACUCAGUGGCGUGGCGCGUGUGUUUAACAACCGGCGCCAAAUUUUAGCGGGCCUUGAUGAGUUCCCGCGCGCAUGGGCUCUUUUGUUGGAGUUUAUUGAGUCUGCGGCUUUGAGCAAGUCCGCUGAAGUUGCACUGGCGGCUCUCAAGAGUUUUCAGGACAUCGUUCAAGAUUCGUCAGAAAGUCAAGAGGGUGCUGGCGCAAAUUCCUCAAAUACAGGAGACAACGGGAAGGACAAAAGAGUAGCAAAGGGAGCUGCUAAACUUAAAGUUAAACCUAAGUUUUGUGAGGCAGCAGACGAGGAUUUAAAUCUAUGGACGAACGCGUGGCGUGCUUGGUACAACAUCGGCAUAACAAGCAUGUCUGAGGCACAUAUCGUCAGAACUCGCAGGGACUCUUCUGGAAAAAUCACUACAGCUAGAACUUACCCUGCGCAAGCUUUCCUGGCAGCUUUAGUUCAGAUUUUUCCUUCGCUAUUCAUGAGAAUAUAUAGCCGUUUUGGCCUGGCUGAUCUACAGAAGCUUGCGCGAAUUCUACAGACCUCUGUAACUAUUCCUGUACAUAUAGAUCAGUCGCCGUUUUUAGUUCCUUCAUUUCAGGAUACUGUGUUAACAGCGUUACAACACGCUAUUCUGGAUGCUAUUGAAAUUUUGCGCGAGCCACUGCCUCAUUCUUCCAACUCGGUUCUCCACGAUUCAAAACAACCAAUGUAUCCGACACUCUUUACACUGUUGCUGCAAUUUUUUGAUUAUGCGACAGAACCUCCAAAAGUUGACGAUUCGUCUAAUGCAGAGGCUUCGAGAAGGAAGAAAAAGGAAUGGAUUAUUCUAUCGUUGACUCCGUUCUCGGAGAAAUGCAUGGAAAUGGUUGUGGUACUUUACGGGGAAUGUUUAUCUGAGCCAGCUGUUAUAGAGGAAAAAGUGUUGGAGAAAAUCAUUAAGUCUUUGCGCAAUCCUCUUCGUCUCAAGUACAGCUGCUCGUCGCAGUCCACCUGGAAGCUAGCUGUCGAUUCAUUGAUGACUGUCAUUCGUAAAGGACUCAAUGUGGCCCUCGCACGACCAGAUUCUUUUAGGUCCAUGUGGUACGAAUUAGCUUCAGCGUUUGAAGACUUUCUUUUUUCAGAUAUGACCCCCCCUGAGAAUCAGUCGCUGGAACAGCAUCAGGCAGACGAAGAACUGGACAUCAAGCUUUUGCGCAUGAUCCGUGAGGAGAUUCUACCCCAUUCCGCUGCUCUGCCUAAAGACUUCAUGGCACGAGUCAUGGCGCUCCUGAACAGAGGCUCGAUUCACUCAGCUGCAGAUGCCACUUUUAGCGGAACAGAUGCUAACGGAUUUCCUCUUCGUGAAGAGUUUGCAAAGUCUUGUUUCGAAACUUUGCUACAGUUUUCGUUCGUUAACGGAACAUCUGAGGUGGAUCAACUUGCAGAGCAGCAGGACGGCAAGGUGUCAGAAUUGGCGCUGGACGCUCUACUGAGACGAUGUAGCGACGUUGUUGUCAAAUACGUGGAAGAUGAGAAACUGAGUGGAAAAUGUCCUUUACCAAGAACGCGUAUGGCGGAGAUGUCUUUUGUCAUGAAAGCCAUAAGUACGUUGCUGUCAUCCUUGAAAAGAGCUGUGAAGGAAAAUCCUACCGUUGUGGACGCGCAGAUCUGGGAACAAGUCGUUGAGUUGUACCCGCGUCUUGUGGAAUGUACCGUUUGUAACUCCACCCCCGUCCGCCGAGCUUUGCGAGAGGCGUUACAGGAGUACGCUGACCUGGUAAAACCGCCCAUUCGUGUGUCGAAAGCUGUAAAUGGUAAACGUUAAAACGCAGAUUGAAGAAGCGUGUAAAGGACAUAAUUUGACAUUAAAUUUUAAGAAGAGGAUUUGAAUUCCACCAAAGACUAUUGAAAAUACAUAUAAUGAAGGAAAUAUGCAUUUCAGAAGAUAUUUCUGGUAUUGUGUCUUGCCGACUUCCAAGAUGGUUCAUGCGCGACGGUGAGCUGGAAACGAGUCGGAGAAACUACAGUUCCUUGGGAUAUUUUAUAGGGGUUCAUCCAAUCCCCCACAAUGCUCUUGGUUUAUAGUCUCAAGCAAACAAAGCUGUUUACUGCAGGGGUAUCCAUAAUUUAAUUAAAUUUCCGUGGGGUUUUUCUAGCCAUUGAAGCUAAUGAAAAAAGGAAAUUGUGCCUAAUCUUAAGCCAUAUUUGGCGAAGAAAAAUAAAGGGUUUUUUUUUAACCGUUUCAAUUACGAUAAUUUAUAGGAAUAUUAACCAGGGCGUUCUAUUCAAUGUUACUCCAAGUUAUUAGAGCUAAUCCUAUGGAAAGAAAUGUACAAAUUAUAAGGAGGAUUAUUAUUUAGAUCUUGGUAGUGAAAGGAUUGGACCUCCUGAUUUUCACUUAUGUUUUCAUGAGGUGACGAAAACAAAGAUUCCAAUAGCUUUUCACUAUAGAGCAGUUUUGAAGCGAGUGUUGUAAAACAGAAACCAUUGCUAUUCUACAAGCCAAUUGCAGCAAAGGAAAACAGCACAGCCGACCAAUAGGAACGCUAAACAAACACGUGACAUCAAUAGAUGGCGCGAGUUUGUCAGCCAAUUAUUAGGCGACACUUAGUUAAAGCUCGCUUUAUAUUUAUAUCAGCACCUUCAACUCAUUUUACGUGUCCUUUUGUCGAAUACCUUAAGGAGCAUUUCGUGGAAAAUUUCAAUAUUUGUUGUAUAAAAAUAAGUAUGAAUUUAAUUCGUAAAAAUGUCGUGUGCAAUAAAGUUAGAAGAGAA